AUGAGUGGGGCCCAGCCGGUGCUUGUCAUCGAUAACGGCGGCUACACGCUCAAGGCGCUGUACAUUCCUGAUGUCUCCAACACAACGGCGCUGCCGCCGCGGCAAGUUGUUGUGCCGAACUGCGUCGGCGCCGCGUCGUUUGCUGGACGUGGCAUUGUCGGCGAGCAGCUCUUUAAGCUGCCGCACUUUCAUGGCUUCAUGCUGCGUCGGCCCGUGGAUCGUGGCUUUGUCGUCGACGCAGCGCUGCAGAGCUACAUUUGGGAGUACCUGCUGCAGUACUUCGCCAUCGCAGAUGAAAGCGAUGUGGAACUCGUCCUUACGGUCCCGUUCGCGGCGCCGAAGCAGGUGGGGGAGCUGCUGCAUUAUUUGGUGGCGCAGCGGUUUACGUUCCGCGCCGUGACGCUCGUGAGUGCGACGUUCCUCGCGCUUGUGGCGGCCGCCUCUCGGGAAUGUCUCCACGGCUGCACGAGUAGUGGGCACAACGAGAAGGUUAGUGCCAGAAGAAGCAGCAGCAGCAGCAACAACAACAACUGUGACAGCAAUAGCGGCAUUGACGGUGGAUGUGGAAUUGUGGUAGACUUCGGAUUCUCCGCCACAACGGUGGUGCCGUACAUCGACUUCCUCCCGGUGCGGGAAGCCGCUGUGCGUAUUGAUGUUGGUGGUAAACUCCUGGCGAAUCGUCUCAAGGAACACAUCUCAUUUACGCAGGUAAACAUGGCGGAGGACGGCUGGCUCGUCAAUCACAUUAUGGAGCGCUGCUGCCACGUCGCGCUCGACCCGCUCACGUCUCUGCGCACUGCACAGCGGCAGAAGCGGCGCAGCAGCAAGAGCAGCAGUGCAGAACUGCGGUACUACUUGCCGACAGUGCCGCCCCUCAUGCCGCUGGGCUGCCGCGAGGAGGAGCUGCACGCUGCUCUCGCCAGCACAGCGAGUGGCGAUGCAUUGGGACAGGAGCGGCACCUGCUGCAGCACCUCGUGUUCCGCCACGAGGCGUUUGUAAUUCCGGAGCUGCUCUUCCACCCUGUGGAUGUUGGUAUUCAGCAGAUGGGCGUUGUGGAGGCAAUUGUGUGCGGCAGCGGCAGCAAGGGGCCGCUGCGUCACGCCCCAACGUUGCACGAAGCGCUGCAACGCCACAUCGUCGCGUUCGGUGGAACCGCCAAGUUCCCACAGUUGCGUGACCGACUCAAUAGCGACCUGCGGAAGGAGCUGGCCCGCACGUCGGAACUGGCGGCGGCAGCAGCAGCGGCGACAUCAACAUUAUCAUCAUCAUCUUCAGUGCCAGCAACAGCAGCAGAAGCAGAAGCGAAUGAGACAAUUACAGAACCGUUGCAGCAGCUGGUGGAGAGGAGCCGCAUGGCACCAGGAGCCAUUGACACAAACCAGAAUGCCAUCGGGUAUUCGCCUCACGACAGCGAGCUGCAGCCGCUCUACGGCGCCCUCGCACUUCUGACGUCUCCGCUCCGUCAAUCGCAGCUCCACCUCGUACAGAGCCGAAGCCGUGUCGACCUCACAGGCUUGCGCACGAUGAAGACAGGAAUGCGGCGCAUGCAAGGGAUAACAGCACAGAAAACACAGAAGGCUCUUCAGGACGCGCUGCACUGCCUCCUCUGA